AUGAAAAUUCCAGACCUAAUCAAGCUCCUCAACAGACAUAAAGAAAUAAAGCAAGAUGAUCUAGACAACAUAAAUAUACAAAUCAUUAACACCCUAAAUGAUAUUGACCCAAAUAAAAUUAUAAACAACAUAGUAAGCCAUAAUGUGAGACGGAAGGAUGAUUUAAAAUCGUUAAAAAAAAAAAUUUACUUCAACCAUUUGUUACUCAAAACAGGGGUCGAAAGGGGCAACUUCUUCAAAGCGUACGAAUGCAAGGAAGAGACGAGCAGGAGUGGUGACUCACAAAAUGAGGUCACAACGGAAGUCGGCGAGGUUGGCGAGGCCAGCAGUGUGCACAAAAAUAUAUAUGGAAGGAAUAGGAGGAAGGUGAAAAUGACCAAAGGGUCCCAAAGCAGCAACAGUGAAAAAAGCACUCAAGGUAACGAAAAAGGAGAGUUAAACGUGGAACUGCUUUGCGAUCUGCCAAAUGGGGAAGACCAAAGAGGAAGAAAAAAAUUUACCUUUUUUGAAUUAGCAAAUAGCUACUCCAACUUCAUCCUGGAUAAUAUUUUGAGACACGUGUGCUCGUACAUUUACAACUAUAAAGUAUUAAACAAAAUAAAUCAGGAAGAGAACAAGGGACACGAACUCGUUUCGCUCUUUUUAAUGUCUAGCAUAUUUCACCACUUCUUCGAGUUAAAAUUUGGGUAUUCCUACAUGGUGCAUUUUCUCAAUGGGCUAAAGUUAUACAAAAUUAAGAGAGAAAUAAAUGUCGACCAGGUGAACUUCGACUUGAUUGACGGGUAUGUUGCUGCUGUAGAAGAACACAGGAGGAGUAUACCCCCCGAGGGAGAAACAGACCCCGUUUUGGAAAAGGUUUACGACGUGUCCUUCAUUAUAGACUGCCUGAGAGAGCAUGCAAACAGGAACAAUGGCCAAAUAGCCAAGAGGCACAACUUCUCCCCCGCGAACUGGCACAACUGCUUCGAGCACAUAUUUGAAGAUGUGAAAAAAAAGAAAACAUAUGUACUUAACGUGAAGGACAAAAUUUUACUAAGUUACAGCAUAGACGAGUCUUAUUUAAACUACUUCCUACAAAAUUUGCAAAAUAAAUACAACACUGAAAGGAUCAGUUUUCCAAGUUACUGUCUGUUGGUCCAUAUGUAUAGCAUGUCCAACCAUUUCGUAAAUAAAAUGGACACAAAUAUGAACAAUUUAAUAAUUUUAUUAAAUUCGUGCAUUUUUUUCUUAAAAGGAAAGUCAUUUUUAAAUACGCUGAAUGCGUUUCACAUUCACGUAGUUUCAGAAGAUGAGGGAAAAUUAAUUGGGGAUAUGAAUUGUGUGCACAAGGUGAAGGAAAAAAUGUACGCGUUGGCAGAGCAGCUAAUAAAUUACAUUUUUCAGAACAAAGGAACACUCAAUAAUAAUCAUUUGUUGCAAUUAUUUGAGAUUCUUUCUUUUGUAAAAUAUAACAAAUCGCUCUUCAGUUACAUUUUUAACAAAAUGAACGGCAGUCUUUGCUUGCUGGACAAAUAUCAAAUUUUUUAUUUUUUAAAUUCCCUGUCAAAUUACGACAUUGUCUGCAACGGCGCAAAAAGGGACAUUUACAUGCACACACUUAAGCAGCUGGAGCAGUAUUCACCCAAGGAGAGGCAGCGGUUGGAGGGGUAUCUCCACGCGCAGCAUUAG